CCGAGCAGAUACCAGGCUGUCUUUCCGAUUUCGAGGUUACAUACAGCGAUUGGAGUGUACAUGAACUUCGUAUUUUCAUAUGAUGACUCCAUCAAGCAUGAUGCUCUCUGUAGCGCUUAUGGUGUCUUUCCAAUUAACCUUGACUCUUCCACUCCUCCUCCUCCCCGAAAACCGCCCCGUUCGAAUGGUGGUGAUUGUUCUCCUCGUAUUCCAAUAUGUGAAUCUUGUCAACACUUCGUCCGGAGAUGCAGCUAUGAAUUGGGGUCUAGGACUGGCAAUCACACCACAACUGCUGAAGGGAUUUGAAAUUUACAUCACCCAUACACCAGCAAGCGAACACUUCCAUCGCAUAAGGCUGCGGGACGAACCCGUUGACGGUUCGAACGGUUCGAACGGUCUCUCGGAGAGAUUACUCUGGGCUCUGGAGCUCGUCUACACCCCACGGGGCAUUGGUUGGAACUGGGAAAUUCCUUACGUGUGCUACAUAGGUACCGAGUCCAAAAGCGCUUAUUUAGCUUCGCGGAUUAAACGAAUUGCCCUAUUCUCCGUCAUGCUCUUCGCUCUGUCCAAUGGCAUGCCGAACAGCAAAUCUCCGUCCAUAACGGGACACCCGCCUCUCAGUAUAGGCUUACUUGUGCCGACGUGGGCAUAUGCGAUCAGCGCAUACCUACAGCUAUGGCUCACAUUCACUAUUCCCGCUACUUUUAUGGUCGGUUUUGGUUUUGGAGAUCCCAGAGCCUUUCCCUACAUGAUGGGACCUAUCGGUGCCAUGGCAUCUCUACGAUGCUUUUGGGGGCGAACAUGGCACCAAGCGGUUCGGAGACAGAUGACGACGGCGGGAAAUCUGCUUACAUCUCAAGCGGGUAUAACAAAAGGUACUAUAGAGAGUGCGUACCUGAAACUACUGGUAGGUUUCCUGAUAUCGGCGUGGACGCAUGCGGUAGCGGGAUACAAAGCCCGUGGUGGUGGACCAGAUUUGGACCCAACCGGAGCAUUCCGAUUCUUUCUGUUACAGUUUUGUGGAAUCGUCUUUGAAGAUCUUUGCUUCCAUAUCCUGCAACUACUCCGCAUCAUUGGGGCGGAUUGGCGGAAUGAUCAAAUGUCCCAGGGCAAGUAUGGAUAUGGGAAGGGUUUGGAAUGGUGGGUACUAGACAAGGCAGACAUGGUCUUAGGUUAUAUCUGGGUCAUUCUUUGGUUUAGUAUCACUCUGCCACCAUAUGUUGAAGCUAUCCGGAUGACUGGAGCGCUGGAUUAG